AGGGUAAUUAAUCUCUACGCUUCUGUCUCUGCAGUUACUCUUUGAGAACAUCUCUCUCUAGAACUUCGAGUAUUGCUGACUUAAGCGUUGGAGUGUUUUCUCCGAGGAAACAACCUCGGGAUUUUCAGGAGGUCGCCCCCCAAGAAAUGAGAUGGACGAACAGGAGGACGCUCAAGUAUCUGAGCCCAGUUCGACUUUAGGCCAAUGCCAAGAAACCUCUUCGUUGGGGGAGCCGAACAGGAUCACCUAAGUGAAACAGAUGAUGAAAGAACACCAACUGGGUAUGUAACCCAGCCUGAACAGUUCCAAGUUCCAACAGGAACAAGACAAAGACCUUCUAGACCACACAAUUCACAGCAUGAACGACCUGAAAGGUCAACAGAACCUGCUCGGACAACCAAGCUCGAAGAGAGAACCAAAGUUCUCGAAAUGGCAAUGGGUAAAAUCCUUGCCCGUCUGAUUCUUGAUGACCCCCUGAUUCCUUUGUUGAACAGGGAUGCACAACCAGCUGCGGUUGUUGCAACUCGAAACUCCCCCGUUUUAAGCAACAUAGUGGUGCCGAUCAGGCCAAGGGGAAGUGGAAAACUAAAUAACGAACCUAGCUCGUCCAAGCAUAAUGAAGAAUUGAUGAGAAAGAAUGCAGACAUGGAAAGGCAGUUAAGGGACGUACAAAGGUCUAUUGACGAGUUGAAAAGUCCCAGGUCGCACCAACAGACUCUUGAUUUGGAUAGUGCCCCUUUGAACCUAUCCAUCACAGCAGAGCCGUAUCAAGAGAGAUUUAAGAUUCCCCACCUGGAGACAUAUGAUGGUUUGGGUGACCCUGAUGAACAUCUGCAUACCUAUCAAGCCAUCAUGAGAAUACAAAAUGCUAAUGAUGCCAUGAUGUGCAAAGUGUUUCCAGCGACACUGAAAUCAACAGCUAGAAGAUGGUAUCACAAGCUCCCAAGGCAUUCUAUAGACUCAUAUUUUCAGCUCGCCAAGCUAUUCUCCAACAAAUUCGCGAGCCAGAGGGAGAUCAAACGCACAGCGACCGAGUUGAUGCAAGUUAAUCAAAAGGAAGGGGAAUCUUUAAGAGACUACAUGCAGCGAUUCAACAAAGCCACUCUGGACAUUGACAAUGUCCCAGACACCAUCUGUUUGUCUGCAUUGCUGCAUGGCUUGAAGCGUGGUCGGUUUCUAGACGACCUGCUAGAGAACCCACCCAAGACUUGGAAUGAAGUGAAUGACAGGUCGGCUAGCUUCAUAUUGUCCGAAGAUUUUCAAUCUUCUAAGAGACGAGCUGAUGACAAGCAAGGAAAAGAGCUCAAGCAGCCUGAAAACAAAGAUGACAAGAAGAAACAGAAGGUUAGCGAGCAGAGAGGGAAAUCGCCUUCCUUUCCAAAAUAUGACAGCUACAUCCCCCUGAGCUCGUCACGAUCCGAGAUAUUGUCGCAGAUACAGCACUGGGUCAAGAGACCCCCUCCACAAACACACGACUCUUCACGAGCUGACAGAAGCAAAUACUGCGAUUAUCAUCGUGUCUACGGCCAUAACACAGAAGACUGUCAGAGUCUAAAGGAUGAGCUCGAAUUCUUGGCUCGCAAUGGGAAAUUGGAGGGGUAUAUACAGAAGCUUUUUGUUCGGCAACCCAACCAGACCCACUUUGUACAAGAGUACAGCCGACCUCAAGCACCUAGAUAUCAGCUCGGUAACAAUCCAAAUUCUUACCAGGCAAGUUCGUACUCAUCCGAGCCGAACAGAGUAUAUAGGGGACGCCCGUUCAAUAAGCAUGGGCAAGGACAGAAAGCACCUGCACAGAAUCCAAAAGACCACAGAGGGGUUGGGUAUGGAGGAAUACCCCCUCCAUCUGGCACAAUCAAUAUGAUCUUUGGUGGAAUGCACUCAGGGGGCCAGAGCGCCCGGGCCCGCAAGGCAUAUGCCCGCCAGGUGAUGACAGUCAACAAAAACAUGCCCUUGAAGCGGCUGUUCGAGGAGGCGGAGUGGGAGAAUGCAGCUAUCACAUUCAGCCCGGCAGAUUAUAAGCGAGCAGACGAAGAGCCUGACGUUAUGAUGCCUCACGCAGAUCCAUUUGUCGCAACGGUCCAUAUAGGUAAUCAUAACGUCAACAAGGUCUUUAUUGACACGGGCAGCUCACCUGGUAUCCUUUAUUGGAGCUGCUUCCAAAAGAUGCAGUUGAAUCCGAGCUCGUUACAAAAAUAUGAAGGGCCCAUUUAUGGGUUCAAUAAUCAGCCCGUCCCGGUAGAAGGAGUUAUCACCCUUCCCAUCUAUGUGGGCUUAGAACCACGGUUCAGGAUGGCUUCCGUUACCUUCCUGGUCGUCAAGAUGGAGUUCGCUUUCAAUGUUAUACUGGGAAGAGCCACCCUGUGCGAGCUGAAGGCUGUUAUCUCACAACCCCAUCUCUGCAUGAAAUUCCCAACGCCUCAGGGGGUAGGUGUGUUGAAGGGGAAUCAGAAGAUGGCAAGGGCAUGUUACCAAGAUACAUUUAAGAAGGUUGAGCUCGCUGAAGCCCCGAGAGUCUCCUCUGAGAAUAGAAGGCCGACUCAGCCCGGCCAACAAACAAUGAGCAUAUCGGACAUUGAGCAUAAACCUGAGGGUGUCAAGCUCACAAAAGAAGAGCGAGCAGAGCUCUUGGAGUUUUUAAGGGUCAAUCAAGAUGUGUUCGCGUGGACUACAGAUGAAAUGCCUAGCAUCCCAGCAGAGUUGACAGUCCACAAACUCAGCACGGACCCCACCAAAAGGCCAGUGGCAGGUUUCAUCAGGAGAGUGGAAUACUUUGAGUGGGUGUCUAACCCUGUGCUCGUCAAAAAACUGAAUGGCAAGUGGAGGAUGUGUAUUGACUUCACCAACCUAAACGAGGCGUGUCCAAAAGACCCUCACCCCUUGCCAAAUGUUGAAAAGCUAGUAGAGCGAGCAGCCGGGCAUGAGUGGAUGAGUUUCCUUGACGCUAGCUCAGGAUAUCACCAGAAGCUGGUGCAAAUCAUCUUCAAGCUGCAGAUCGGCAGGAACAUAGAAGUAUAUGUGGAUGACAUGAUAGUCACCAGUGCACGAGCUGAGAAUCAUAUAGACGACCUGAAUGAGACCUUUCAAAACUUGCGCCGAGCCCAAAUGAAGCUGAAUCCCCUGAAGUGCACGUUCGUUGUAGAAUCAGGAAAAUUCCUAGGGUACGUUGUAUCCAAGAAAGGAAUUGAAGUGAACCUAGAGAAGGUCCUGGCCGUUCAACAGAUGGAGCCUCCCAAGACUGUAAAGGACAUGCAGCGCCUGACAGGUCGAGUAGCCGCGUUGCACAGAUUCAUAGCCAGGUCGGCGGAAAGAUGCCUGCCGUUUUUCAAAGCCUUGCGAGAGCCCAAUCACUUUCAAUGGACCGAAGAGUGUCAGCGGGCAUUUGACGAGCUUAAGCAGUAUCUGGCAUCUGCACCCCUGCUGUCCAAGCCGGUGGAAGGGGAGAGUUUAUACUUAUACAUGGGGGUUACAGGAGCGGCAAUUGUUGUCUAUACCGACUUGCCAUUGAGGGAAAUACUGCAGAAACCUGAACUCUCUAGUCGGCUUAUUGGGUGGAGCGUUGAGCUGAGUGAAUAUGACAUCAAAUUUCAGCCGCGCACGACCAUAAAAGGCCAGGCCGUUGCAGACUUCCUGGUGGAGUGCAUCUCAACAGCUAAUGAAGAAAAAGCACCCGAACACCCAGCUUGGGUUUUGUAUGUUGAUGGAGCAGCUAACAUUGAAGGGUCGGGUGCUGGGGCUGUGUUAGUGGGCCCAGAUGGCUUUAGGUCUGAGCACGCGCUGAGGUUUAAGUUUCAGAUGACUAAUAACGCUACAGAAUAUGAAGCCCUCAUUUACGGACUGAAGCUGGCGUCCGAGCUGAAGGUACAAAGCAUUCAGGUUUUCAGCGACUCUCAGCUCGUUGUGGGCCAGGUGAAUGGCAGUUGUGAAAUCAGGGAUCCCCAGCUCGGUCAUUAUGCCUCUGUGGACCUUAACCCUCAAAGAUCGACAAUUGUCGAGAUACUAGACACACCGAGCUACACUGAUUCCACAGUUGAGUGUCAGCUGCUAAGCACAGAUCCCUCUGCACCGAGCUGGGCCACCCCGCUCAUAAAUUAUCUGCAAAGUGGUGAGCUACCUGAAGAUCCGUCUGCUGCCAAGUUGAUUAAAUGCAGGGCGGCCCAUUUUACUUUGAUAGAUAAUCAGCUCUACAAGCGGGCAGCCUCCAUGCCCCUAUUACGCUGUCUCGCUCCUUACGAAGUUGAAUACGCUGUGAGAGAAAUCCAUGAAGGAGUAUGUGGCACGCACAUUGGAGGCAAAACCUUAGCUUGUAAGCUCCUGAGGCAUGGUUAUUACUGGCCGACUAUGGUUGAGGAUGCGCAGAACUAUAUCAAAAAAUGCCCGACCUGCCAGUUCAAUGCUGAUGACAUUCACAUGCCAGGGGAAAUGCUAUCAUCUCUUACGUCUCCCUGGCCCUUUGCUCAAUGGGGUGUCAACCUGCUCGGCCCUUUCAUCAAAGGCAACGGAGGCUGCACUUUCCUGGUUGUUGCAGUGGAUUACUUCACUAAAUGGAUAGAAGCUAAACCAUUGUCCUCGACAACGGAAAGGAAAAUAGAAGAAUUCUUGUUCAAUUCAAUAUUGUGCAGGUAUUCUUUGGUGGCUCAGGCCGAGUCUGCCAAUAAGAUCGUCCUGCAAGGCCUUAAGACGCGUGUUAUAACUACGCGUUCUAAUUGGGUUGACGAGCUCAAUAAAGUACUUUUGUCAUGUCGCACGACACCCAGCUCGGCCACAGGCGAAACCUCGUUCAGCCUGGCAUAUGGAGCUGAGGUCGUCAUCCCUGUCGAAGUCGGGUUGCCAUCUGCUAGAUCAGAUUGUCAUGACGAUCAUAAUAAUGGGCAACUCUUAAGAGAGAACCUGGACCUAGUGGAGGAAGUCAGGGAAUUGGCUCGAAUUAGAAACAUGGCGCAUCAAAGUCGUGUUGCAAAAUUUUACAAUAAAAGAGUUCGAGCUCGCCAGUUUCAAGUCGGCGAUCUAGUUCUCCGCAAAGCUGGAUUGACGAAUGCUUACUCGCACAUGGGCAAGUUCGCUCCUAAUUAGGAAGGACCUUAUAUGGUUCUUUCUAUUCAAUGACCUGGGUCUUACCGGUUAGCAGAUCUACAAGGUCGUCCAUUACCAUUCAUUUGGAACAUACAUAACCUUAGAAAGUUUUACAGUUAGGAGUUAGCUUUACAGUUAACAUGUAUGUUACUAGUGUUCAGGUCGUUGUGGAUCAUUUGUAAAUGGUAAUUUACAGAAAACUCAAUACAGAAAUUUCCAAGGA